AUGCAGCACAAGACCAUCCCAGGUGCAAAUGGGCUGGUCGCGUUUGCAAGCAAAGUCGGCUGGCUGAUCUUUGGCACGAUAGGUGUAAACAGCAAAGCGGAAGAGCAAGUGCUAACCGCGACUAUAGACGCUCAAAAACCAAUGAUGGACUUCAAGGAAUUUUGGAGUCUAGAACAUAUGGGGAUAACCUUGCAAGAAAAGGCAGAACCCGCAUUCUUGGAGGCCUAUCAGGAGACGAUUCAGCGGGCCGAAGAUGGGCGAUACAUGGGGUUGUUCCCCAUCAAGAUCGGCCAUCGCAGAAUCGAAUCCAACCGGAACAUAGCGAUGAUACUGCUGCAAGGGCUGCUGGGCAAGACCCAAUUGGAAGAUAAACUGAAAUAUCAUGAGAUACUCCAGCAAUGUAUCAGAGACGGAUUUAUUGAAGAAGCCGACUUAGAAUUCACCGGUAACUGCACCUACUUGCCUCACCGCCCGGUGAUUAAAGUAGGCGCGGAGACAACGAAAAUUCGGCCGGUGUUCGAUGGAUCAGCCCACAUGAAGGACAGACCUAGCAUCAAUGAUGCUUUGGAAAUAGGGCCAAAUCUAAGCCCGGAAGUAUUAGCAGUCUUGUUGCGGUUGCGACAGAAUCGGAUAGCCUGGACUGCCGAUAUCACUCAGGCGUUUCUCCAAGUGGAGAUCCGCCCGGAGCACGGGCAGUUGAUCAGGUUCAUUUGGAUCGAUGACCCUAGGAAAGCACAGCCAGACUGA